AUGUCUUCCUCGUCCAGCUCCUCGCAGACGCCCCCGUCCCACCACCAGCCCCCACCUCAGAGGAUGAGGCGCGGUGCCGCUGGGUCCCCCACUGCCGGCGGCGGCACGGCCGGGGUCCCCGGUAACGGCGCUGGGGGAGGCGCGGCGGGGACCAGCCGGCUGCUCCAGCCCAUCCGAGCGACCGUCCCCUACCAGCUCCUGCGGGGCAAUCAGCACAGCCCGACCCGGUCCCCCUCCGCCUCGGUGGGCAGCAAUACCGGGCUGGGGGGCGGCGGCGGGGGUCGCGGCGGAGGCAGCCCGCCGCCACCCAGCGCGACGCCGCCGUUGGCGGCGGGAGGCGGCGCGGCGGAGCCGGGCAGGGUGAAGGGCAGGCAGCGGCGCUCGCCGGAGAGCGGCGGCGGCGGCGGCAGCAGGAGGAGCAGCUCACCUGAGAGACGGAGUCCCAGCUCCCCGGUGUACAGAGUGGACAGGCCAAAAUCCCAGCAAAUAAGAACUUCUGGUACCAUAAGGCGAACUUCUUCUUUGGACACAAUAACAGGACCUUACCUCACAGGACAGUGGCCACGUGAUCCCCACGUACACUACCCUUCAUGUAUGAAAGAUAAAUCUACUCAGACACCUAGCUGUUGGGCUGAAGAGGGGGCAGAAAAGAGAUCACAUCAGCGCUCAGCAUCAUGGGGAAGUGCUGAUCAACUAAAAGAGCAGAUUGCCAAACUGAGGCAGCAGCUUCAGCGCAGUAAGCAGAGUAGUCGUCACAGUAAAGAGAAAGAACGUCAGUCACCUCUCCAUGGCAACCAUAUAGCAAUCAGUCAGACUCAGGCUUCUAUUUCCAGAUCAGUCCCUAUGCCACUGUCAAACAUUUCAGUGCCAAAAUCAACUGUUUCACGUGUGCCGUGUAAUGUAGAAGGAAUAAGCCCUGAACUGGAAAAAGUUUUCAUUAAGGAAAACAGUGGAAAAGAAGAAGUAUCCAAGCCUUUGGAUAUCCCUGAUGGUCGAAGGGCCCCAUUACCUGCUCACUAUCGUAGUAGUAGUACACGAAGCAUUGACACUCAGACUCCAUCUGUUCAAGAGCGCAGCAGCAGCUGCAGCAGUCAUUCACCAUGUGUCUCUCCCUUUUGCCCUCCUGAAUCUCAGGAUGGGAGUCCUUGCUCAACAGAAGAUUUACUCUAUGACCGUGAUAAAGACAGUGGGAGUAGCUCACCGUUGCCCAAGUAUGCCUCAUCUCCCAAACCAAACAACAGCUACAUGUUCAAACGAGAGCCCCCAGAGGGAUGUGAGCGAGUGAAGGUCUUUGAGGAAAUGUCGUCUCGUCAGCCUGUCUCAGCCCCUCUCUUUUCAUGUCCUGACAAAAACAAGGUUAAUUUCAUCCCAACCGGGUCAGCUUUCUGUCCUGUAAAACUUCUGGGCCCCCUCCUUCCUGCUUCAGACCUGACGCUGAAGAACUCUCCAAACUCUGGUCAAAGCACAGCUUUGAGCACCCUGACUGUUGAGCAGCUUUCGUCUCGGGUCUCUUUCUCAUCUCUGUCAGAUGACACCAGCACAAUGGACUCUACAGAGGUCCCAGUACAGCAACCGUCCCAGCAGCAGCAGCCGCUUUUGCAAGAAAUUCAGACUGAAGACCAUUCCUCUCCUCAGAGCUAUGUGUUAAUCUAGACCAAGGUGGAGCAGGCCUCUGCCCUGAAACAAUGAUUAAGGAGAUAAUAGUUCAGAUACAUCUGCAUGAGGUGGCAACCUUUCAGAACAACACGGAAUACUUAGCAGCAUUUGAAAAAAUAUCUCAACGCUGUUCUUGGCAGGGACAGAAUUCAUGUUCAGCAUUUUUUGUGAGAAAGCAGUAAUGCCUGCAGAAUCCAUAUAUCAUUAAGCAUUUUAA